AUGUCUGAUGUUACUCAUGGAUUGUGUACUUUUCACCUAAUGCAAAAUGCCUUGAAGCAUUUGGGCUAUUUGUACAAGGGCAACUCAACAUUUGGAAGUGACUUUAAAGCUUGCAUUUUCGGAUAUGAAGAUGAAAAUGACUUAGUUAAAGCUUGGAAAUCUUUGAUUAUUAAAUACAACUUGGAGGAGAAUACAUGGAUGAAGAAAACUUGGGAACUUAGAGAGAAGUGGGCACAUGUGUACAUGAAAUGGUCAUUUAAUGCAGACAAGCGGUGUAAUGAAAGUUAUGCUACUAAUCAAUCUAGACAAAAGUUACCAAGAAUAAAAAUCAAGAGUUGUCCCAUGUUAGUUCAAACCGCGAAACUAUAUACGCCUCCUAUCUUUGACUUAUUCCAUGGCGAGUUUGACAAGUUUCUUUCUUGUCAAGUAAGGAAAUGCUGUGAGUUAGAAGGAGAAAUUAAAUAUGUGAUUGGUUUGUAUGGAGAAGAUAGAGAGUAUAUUGUGAUGGGUGCAAUGGAAUUUGAUAAUUUAGGAGGCAAAAUGCUACAAAAUGUUCGUUGUACUUGUCGAAAAUUUGAGAGUUUUGAAAUUUUGUGUGGUUAUGCGAUUAAAGUGCUCCAUCAGAUGAAUGUUAUGGAAAUUUCCGAUAGAUAUAUACUAGUGCGAUGGAGACUAGAUGCAAAGGAUUGUUCAUCUAAAGACAAAAAAGUUAUAGUGAAUGAGGUUGAUCCCAAGUUUGUGAUAUCAGCGUGUUAUAGACAUCUUUGUCCUAGAAUGGUAAAAUUAGCAGCUCGAUCAUUUGAAUAUGAUACCGUAUAUGAGUUUGUGGACAAUAGUAUUUAUGAUUUGUGUGUAAAAGUGGACAAUAUGAUCAUUUCACAAAAUAGCUCAAAUGUUUCAAGUAGUGGAGGCUCCAUUGACAUAGGAUUAAAUGAUAUUGAUCCAAAUUUUGAAAGAGAUAAGGGUUUGAAAAAGAAAGACAAUGUACAAAAGAGUGGUGAUAGAUUAAAGCCUUGGCAUGAAAAGAUUGGAAAGAGGACAACAGUUGUUUCACGACCUUCCAUCACUCAGAAUAUUGACCAAUGCAACAACAAUAUAGAUGUCCAAAAUUCAUCUUCAAACCAACCACAUGAUGUUCAUACACCUUAUUGGUCACAAAUGAUGAAUUUUGGGUAUAAUCUUUUGACGCAUGACGUUAAUUGUCCACCAUCACACCCACAGUCGGUGCUUUUGUCUUCCCAAGUAUCAUAUAGUCCAUCAAUUUCUCAGGAAAUUUCAGUUGAUCCAACAAUGCAAACUCCUAUAGAGUCUUCGUCAUGUUUGGACAAGGAUGAAUUUGUUAAUUUCUCUAGCAAUGCACAACCACCCCCACAAAAUUAA